CUGACUCCGGGUGCUUCCGUCUCUAUUGCUCUUUCACUUUGCCAUCGCUCGGGGAAGUAGAGGCUGGCGGCCGUGUAGAGUAGUGGUACUGAGGAGUGAGCUCACACGAAGCCGCAGCCAUGAUCCGCUUUCUGCUCCUUGCCUGUACUGUCGGCGCGUCGCUGGCUAGCGACGUGAUCGAGCUGACGGACGACGACUUCGAGGAUCAGAUCGACGACUACGACUUGGCGCUGGUCGAAUUCUUCGCUCCCUGGUGUGGCCAUUGCAAACGAUUGGCCCCAGAAUAUGAAACUGCUGCCACUAGGUUGAAAGGAAAAGUUCCUCUAGUUAAAGUUGACUGCACUGCAAAUUCAAACACAUGUACCAAGUAUGGAGUUAGUGGGUAUCCAACUUUGAAGAUAUUCCGUGAUGGUGAAGAAUCUGGGUCUUAUGAUGGUCCUAGAACAGCAGAUGGUAUUGUCAGCCAUUUGAAGAAACAAGCAGGACCCAGCUCUGUUGAACUUAAAACACUGGAAGAAUUGGAGAGUUUUAUUAAUGAUGCCGAUGCCUCAGUUAUUGGUUUCUUUGCUGACCCUUCUAGUACAUCGCAGGCAGAUUUUCUUAAAGCUGCAAGUGCAUUGAGGGAGAGCUACCGAUUUGCACACACCAACACAGAAGAACUAAUUAAGAAAUAUGACAUUAAGGAUGAAGGCGUUAUCUUGUUCCGCCCUCCAAGAUUAGCAAACAAGUUUGAGAGCAGCACUGUUCAAUAUACAGAAGCAAAAUUCUCAAACGCAAAAAUAAAAAGAUUUGUUCAAGACAAUGUUUUUGGUAUCUGUCCCUUCAUGACUGAGGACAACAAAGACCAAUUAAAGGGAAAGGACCUGCUGGUAGCAUACUAUGAUGUAGAUUAUGAAAAGAAUCCAAAAGGUUCCAACUACUGGAGAAAUAGAGUGAUGAAGGUUGCUCAGAAAUUCCUGGAAGCUGGUGAAAAACUGCACUUUGCCAUUGCCAGUCAUAAAACCUUUGGCCAUGAGCUCUCAGAAUUUGGCUUGGAUACUGUCAGUGGUGACAUUCCUGUAGUUGCUAUUAAAACAGCAAAAGAUGAAAAAUAUGUGAUGCAAGAGGAGUUCUCGCGUGACGGAAAGGCAUUGGAGCGUUUUCUUGAGGACUACUUUGCUGGUAAACUGAAACGUUACUUGAAAUCUGAGCCGAUCCCGGAGACGAAUGAUGAACCGGUUAAGGUUGUAGUAGCUGAGAGCUUUGAUGAUAUUGUAAAUGAUGGAACAAAGGAUGUCUUGAUUGAAUUUUAUGCUCCCUGGUGUGGCCAUUGCAAGAGCCUUGAGCCCAAGUAUAAAGAGCUUGCAGAGAAGGUGAGCAGUGAUUCCAAUAUUGUCAUUGCCAAGAUGGAUGCUACAGCCAAUGACGUGCCUUCACCGUAUCAAGUUCAAGGGUUCCCCACAAUUUAUUUUGCGCCAAUGGGUAAAAAGAAGAAUCCAAAGAAAUAUGAGGGAGGCCGUGAAGUUAAUGACUUCAUAAGCUACUUGAAGAAAGAAUCCACACAUCCUCUGAAUGCAGUGGUGGAAGAAAAGAAAUCCAAGAAGAAGAAGAAGGACGAGGAAGCUCUGUAAAUGACUGGAAACAGCACACUGCUAACAUGGUUAUGCAAGGAUUAAUUGGAGCCGGGGUUGGGUUUAGCGAUUUGGUGGUGGUAUAGUCACUUUCUAAGAGGGUCAGCAGUCUGCCAUACCAGUUCCAUUUCUGUAUCAAUUUUACGAUGCACUAUCAAUGAGUUACUGAUUCAAAAGGGGGCAGAAAUUCAGGUUUUGUUUUGGUCUCAUUUUGUACUGGUGAAUGUUUUUGUACAUUUUGAACAAUAAACCCCUUUAAACCAAACUGAU